AUGACGAAUAAAGAAACAACGACAAUGACAAUACGAACGCGGACGUCAACAACAACGAGCACAUCUGCGUUAGUCACCAACGUAUCGAGAUGGUUAAAUAAUAGAAGUGUGACCAGGCAACGCGCUAUGCAAACCGCAUCUCUUUCACGAAAUGAAAAAUUCUUAAUAAUAGACGACACUGAUAGUCAAGGCGUUCCUAUAAAUACAGCUCAGUUGUACGAUCCUGUAACAGGAGUUUGGACGCCUACUGGUGCUGUGAAUAAUGCACGAAUGUAUCAUACGGUACCCGUAUCACAUAAUGGUCACGUUCUAGUUACUGGCGGCUUCAGCUCUAGUGGAAAAGCUUUUAAUUUUUCAUUACUAGCCGUUAUAUUGAUGAGUGUCGCGUUUCGACCACAAAAUACGAGAAAUGCUGCCACGAAACGAAUCAUAAGGGAUCUAAAAGAUCUUGAUAAAAAUCCAAUACCAGGACUGAGUGUGUGCUGUCCCGAUGAGUCGAAUCCAUUUGUUCUUCACUGUAAUGUAUUGAUCAGUGAUGGACCAUACCGUGGGAUAAUCAUUCACCUGAUUCUUCAUAUACCAGAUGACUAUCCAUUGACAGGUCCUGCUGGUAAUAUAGCACCAGGUCUAGAAUUCGAUCAACGUUAUCAUCUUCACAUUCAUGAUGAUUAUAUAAACGGCCACGCAUUAUGCAACGAUUUACUAACUAAUUAUGCCGCACAUUUUCGCAUGGUUGAUGAUGGUAAUGCUAAACAAGCAAGUGGAUGGAGUCCGGGCUAUACUUUAUCGACGAUACUUCUUCAAAUCGUCACGUUUUUUGCUGACCCUGACUUCGGCCAUGAUCCACUUCCGCAGCUCGUCGAUCAAUUGCGAGAGAUGGUUAAAAACUUUCGGUGUAUAACAUGUGGUCAUUCAUAUGAAAAUGUUAAUCCUCCAAUCGUUGACUAUGCUGAAAUACAAUCGAGCCCGAAAGUGGACGAAGAGCAAGAAAGAGCUCAACGUGAACACGAUCGCUUACAUCAUGAAUUAGUGGAGAAACUGACUUGUGGUGUCACAAAACAAAACGUAAUUGAAGAUCAAAUCUGUCUCGGUUAUCCCCUGCUGAUCAAACGUGACCAUCGCUCCCGUCUAUCGUCCGAAAUUAUCUUAGAGCUGAUUUCAUACGAUGCGUAUGUUGCAGAGAUACAAAAAUCGGGCGAGGAAAAGCUAGACUUCUACGAAAAUCACAAGUUUCGUUCGGUAACGGGAAAAGAUUACAAUCAUUGGUUACCGAUCUUCGUCAAUGCCGAGCAUUUCGAACGAGGACGAACGAUUAUUGAAAAUAGUAUCAGCAUCAUCGAUAGAGGAACUGCACUCGGUAUCCAUCGAAAUGAUUUCGUACCAGAGAUGGCAUUGAAAGUACUGACAACACUGAUGAAUAAAACCGUUGUACAAUUAUUCAAUGGUGAAAUGUACGAAUCAAAACAAGCUAUCGAAGCUUAUUGUCACUUCCUACGUUUGUUAAUGCAUUUUAUUGAUAUUUACCCUCAACUAGACGGCGGUAUCAAUGAAACUAUUGCCGAUUUUAUCAGCGAUCGACGCAAUCGACAAAAGCAACGUGUACCUGAUAUGGGUGAAUUUUUAAUUAAGAUCGCCCUGUCGAAAAAGUAUCGCUUUGCUCAGAUAAAAAAAUACAUUUAUGAAGAGUAUUUUGCUCGACAAAUCUUUUGGAUAGAGCAAAAACAAGUUGUACGCGAAUUACUAUGCAUCAAAUCACGACAUCUGCAGGACAUAUUUCAAGUUGCUCAAGUAUCGAAUCAUUUACUAGUAUUCAACUUGGCGAUGGCAGAAACAUUUAUAUAUCCGGGAGUCAAAGAAGAAUUGGACAAAGCGUUUGGAUAUCCGUCAGAUCAAGUUGUCGAAAAAUUUCAAAAACGUCUACGAGACAUCAAAGCAAUCAAUGACUAUCGGCAACUUAUGAAAGAAAUAAGAAUCGAUGAUAUCAUUGAAUCAUCAGAAGAUAUGGUCAAUUUUCUUAUAAGUUCAGUUAAAAUUUCGAACCGGCAGGGUUACACGAAUAUACGACCAUCGUAUGAAGAUGAUCGUCGAAGUCACCGUCGAACAACAUAUGAUGACCGUUAUUCACAGCAUUGUCAGAAACGAUUUAAAAAAUAA